ACUAGUUACAUCAGCACAACAUAUAUUGAAAAGUCAUUUAUUGACAUGACUUCAAUUUAUGUUUAAAUAUUAAAGAACUUACAAUACAUGGAGGACCAAUUUCAAAGAGGAAAUUUCAGUCUUACAUGUUUCAAGGAGCGAGGAGUGUUACUCAUUUUGGAGCUUUUAUAUAAUAGAAUCUAAAUGCAUUUUUAGAAAUGGAAAGUUUUAGAGUUUUACAAGAAAUUUUUCAUCUAACUGAAUCAUUUGGACAGAAUUAUCCUGAGGAUUUUGAUGGUACACUAGACUGUGUUAGUAUAGCCAUCACAUGUGCGUUUAACAGACAGGGAACCAUUCUAGCAGUGGGCUGUAACGAUGGCAGAUUGGUACUCUGGGAUUUCCUUACACGUGGCAUUGCAAAAAUUAUCAACGCCCAUGUACAUCCUGUCUGCACUUUAAGUUGGAGUAGAAAUGGUCGUAAGUUACUGAGUGCUGCCACAGACAACACUGUGUCACUGUGGGAUGUCCUGACAGGAGAGGUGGAGAAAACGUUCCGGUUUCCAUCACCUAUACUCAAAGUACAGUUUCAUCCAAGAAGCAGUGAGAAGUUUUUGGUAUGUCCAAUGAAACAUGCAGCCGUUUCCAUGGAUAUGGAAGGUUCUCAUAAACUGGUUCCUCUUGAUGAAGAUUCUGAUUUAAACAUUAUGGCAUCGUAUGACAGACGAGGUAAAUGUAUCUACACAGGGAAUGCCAAAGGAAGGGUAUGUGUGUUUACUGAAGAAGAUCACAAACUGAAGGCAUCAUUUAGAGUGACUACAGGCACACUGAAUACUACAGCAAUUAAAUCUAUAGAGUUUGCUAGGCGGGGAGAUUGUUUCUUGGUAAAUUCUGCAGACCGUGUGAUACGAGUGUAUGAGAGUGGCGAGAUACUGGCCUGUGGUAAAGACGGGGAACCAGAACCUAUACAGAAACUACAAGAUCUUGUUAAUAAGACAAUGUGGAAGAAAUGUUGUUUUUCUGGUGAUGGAGAAUAUAUAGUUGCUGGUUCAGCUAAACAACAUUCUCUGUAUAUCUGGGAGAAAAGUGUAGGAAAUUUGGUCAAAAUUUUACAUGGAACUAAAGGAGAAUUGUUAUUAGAUGUAGCGUGGCAUCCGGUACGUCCUAUUAUAGCUUCUAUAUCAAGUGGAGUGGUAUCUGUGUGGGCACAGAAUCAAGUUGAGAAUUGGAGUGCAUUUGCACCAGAUUUUAAAGAACUGGAUGAGAAUGUAGAAUAUGAUGAGAGGGAAUCAGAAUUUGACAUAGAAGAGGAGGGAAAGGAAAAGGAAGAUUUUAAAGAGGAAGAAGAGGAUGUUGAGGUAGAUGUUACUACAGUUAAUGCAAUACAGGCAUUUGUUAGUAGUGAUGAGGAAGAAGAAGAUACGGAAGCAUUGAUGUAUUUACCUGUUGCUCCGGAGAUAGAUGAACCAGAGGAAGGGUGGCCAGUUGUCUCUGAAAUGCCACAGCAUACAGAGGAAACUCAGUCAAGACCAGAGAAAAGAAAAAAUAGUCAACAAACUCCUGAUUCAACUAAGAAAUCAAAGUUAAAACCAUUUGAUGUAGACCUUGAAAACGCCCCCUUAGAUGAGAUCCAUCCUCUACUGAAUGUAAAGAAGCCAAAUGAGAAAGUACACAAGAAACCCAGUACCAAAACUAAACAGAAGUCUGGUAAAUCGGACAGAUCAAAACAUAAAGGGGAUUGAGUAUGUAUGUAGAACAUAGUUGGAAUAGAUAGAUAGACCUCAAGAAGAGACAUUGCAGAUAACCCAGUAGCAAUUACAAGGGCAUUGUAGCCUAAAGAACAUUGUGUGAUGUGCAAAGAAAGCAGUUCAUAUGGCUUGAUGUACUUCAAAAUGAAAAGCAUUAGUAACGUUAUUUAUAUCAGUAAUUGCAUGUAUGAUACUGUUUGUCACAAUAAUACAAUAUUUAGAGUCCAGGAAAUACUGAAUAUAUAUUUUUGUCUUGACUGUAUAAUUACAGCUUUCUGCAGGCUAUGAAACUUACAGGUCAUUGUCGUAGCCAGCCAACAUGAAUCUCAUAAUAUAUUUAAACAACAGCUUGAUGUGGUCUUAUUCUUCUGAAAUGUUUCAACAGAAGACAAAGGGUCAUUGCUGAUAAAAAAAAAAGUUCUGUAUUCAAUACAGGUAUCAGUAUGUUCGGUAUCAAGUACCCAUCUCUUGAUCUCUCAACAAAACUUUGUGAGAUAUAAUUAUCUAUCAUCAGUGCUUUUUUGGAUUUCCUAGUUGUAAAAUUUGGUUGCAAGGUGGAUCUUUUGAUGAGACGUGUUGACCCUGCUAAUAGUACCAAAGACACUGUAUCUGAAAUCAGUUGUCCUUAACCAUUGAUUCAUGUGGGGAAGAUGUUGAUUACUUCUAAAAAACAAGUGCUGGUACGUAAUCCAGUAACACUGAUUAACUGAUGAUUGUAACAUAGCUAAAAAUCUGUUGAAUUUGUUUGCUUUGGGUUUAAUGCUUUUUUUUCAACAGUAUUUCGGUUAUGUAAUGACGGGCAGUUAACCUGACCAGUGUUCCUGGAUUCUGUACCAGUACAAACCUGUUCUCCGCAAGUAACUGCAAGCUUCCCCACAUGAAUGACAGGUGGAAGACGAAUGAUUUCAGAAAGAUUUAUGAAAUCGGGACGGAGAACAUACGCCCCAGCCAGGGAUGGAACUCGCGACCCUGUGAUCUGUAUAUAGGUGCUCUCUACUGAGCUUAGGGGGCGGGCACAAAAAAAAAACUGCUGAAAAUUUGUGUUGAGGUAGUUCAGCAGGUUUGAUUAACUGGAAGCAACAGGUUAACAUGUAUCUGGACAACCUAGAAUAAUGCCUGUAGUCAUUAUACUGGUAGCAUAAAUGUUGCCAGUAAUCUGUUAUAUUCCAUGAAAUAAUUAAAUAAGCAACUUUGUAAGGACUACAGUUGAUAGAUUUGGUUAAAAAUUAAGCACACAGACCUAUACAUGUUAUAAUGCCAUUUCAUUCAAAAUAUUUAGUUAUACAACUAUAAAAAAAUUUCAUUAAAGUCCACAAUGUUGAACUUUUUCUACAUGUGAAAAUGUCAUCAACAAAGUGAUUUUCCCAUAUAAGAUGUGAAAAUUGAUGGAAGGACCAGUAUUUUCAAAUCAUCAAGCACACAACCCUAUCUUCUUUAUUGGCUGAAUUUCCUUCAGAUGCAAACUCCGACACAAUGACUUGAAGACUGAAAACAGUUUCUGAAUAAGAACUUAAGAACACAGGGACCAAUGGUCAGUAAAUUUUAUAGGAUGAUUGCCAUUGGUUAGCAGAUGACCUGUUGUUUUUAGAGACAGUAGGUUAAAGGUCUCAGAAUGGAUAUUAAUUGAUAACUAGAAUGCUUGGGGCCUUAUUAGUAUCGGCUAUUUUGCAGGUUAUUUAUCAUGGCUACGGUCGUAUUGGCGGUUUGAUUGAUAAUUACAUUGUGAGUUACCUCAGUCAGGCUAUCAAUGUUGGUAUAUGUGUUUACAAACAUCUCUUGCUUUAUGAUUAUCCUUUCUAGCCCUUCCUUUUAAAAAGACAUAAUAUUGGGCUUUUUAACUUUGAUACUUUUUUUUCAAUGUAAAAAGAGCGAUUAAAUAGCAAUAACCGGUGAGAAAUCUAGGCAGAGUAAUCUUUUAAAGUAGCGGACAAUCUGCAUUUCCAUGUAAUUACUAAUUCUUCUUUGGCAACACAGUGAUCUUUGGAUGUAAAGUAGCUCAACUUACACAGUGUUCGAAUGCUCAAACAUACACAUUAUUUGCCUAUUGUUAUUAUGGAUCCACUACCUAAACUCAAGACUUGGAAUGUUUACCAGUCUUGUAGUUAGAAUAGAAUAAAAAUCUUAUGAAGGGAAUGGAAAAUUGGAUAUUAUUUUUGUAUCAGUUUACAGUCUUCUCUUUUGUGCUUUCAUCUGUCAUGGAAUUCUUCUAAUUCAUUAAUUAUGCAUAUUUAUUGAGGAGUUAUUUUGUACUUUUGUUGAAUGAAUUUUGCAUCAUUAUUAACAAUUUAUCAAAUAUAUUUCAUAAUCAUUUCAUCUAUCAGUGUCAUCCAUUUAUUGUAUUUGUUGUUGACAAAAUAAAGAAUAACUGAUUUGUGA